AUGGAGAGGGUCCGGGGGCACAUUCUGCUGAAGGCACAAUGGGUGAGGCACUUGGAGCUAUCGCAGGUUGAGAUGGGCACUGCCCCCUAUCCAAACUGGUACCAGCUCGACAGGCGAUCCAUCGGCCUGGGAAGACAAAAACAAACAGCGAAAUUCCAGCUCUCUUCCUGUGUCUCUCAUUUCACAGGUUCCAAUUACUACGUGAGAAUUCUGAGCACCAUUGACCGGGAGCUGUUGAAACCUAAUGCUUCCGUCGCUCUCCACAAGCACAGCAAUGCCCUGGUAGAUGUCCUUCCUCCUGAGGCUGACAGCAGUAUUAUGAUGCUGACAUCAGAUCAGAAGCCCGACGUGCUGUACUCUGACAUUGGAGGAAUGGACAUCCAGAAGCAGGAGGUGCGCGAGGCUGUGGAACUGCCCCUCACUCACUUUGAGCUCUACAAGCAGAUCGGGAUUGACCCUCCUCGGGGUGUACUGAUGUACGGACCUCCCGGCUGCGGCAAGACCAUGUUGGCCAAGGCUGUCGCUCACCACACCACAGCUGCCUUCAUUCGUGUGGUGGGCUCGGAGUUUGUACAAAAGUAUCUGGGGGAGGGUCCUCGGAUGGUCAGAGAUGUCUUCAGGUUGGCCAAGGAGAACGCUCCAGCAAUCAUCUUCAUCGACGAGAUUGAUGCCAUCGCAACCAAGCGCUUUGAUGCCCAGACUGGAGCGGACAGAGAGGUGCAGCGAAUCCUGUUGGAGCUGCUUAACCAGAUGGAUGGCUUUGACCAGAACGUUAACGUUAAGGUCAUCAUGGCCACGAACCGAGCGGACACCUUGGACCCAGCCCUGCUGCGUCCCGGGCGUCUCGAUCGUAAGAUCGAGUUCCCACUCCCGGACAGGCGGCAGAAGCGACUCAUCUUCACCACCAUCACCGGCAAGAUGAACCUGUCGGAAGAGGUGGACCUCGAGGAUUACAUCGCUCGGCCAGACAAGAUUUCUGGAGCUGACAUCAACUCCAUCUGUCAGGAGGCUGGAAUGCUGGCUGUCCGAGAGAAUCGCUACAUCGUGCUGGCCAAGGACUUUGAGAAGGCUUACAAGACGGUCAUCAAGAAAGACGAACAGGAACACGAAUUCUACAAGUGAAGGGAGGGGAGGAGUCAGCUCCGCUGGUGGCGGGGUUCAGUGUAUUUUAUCUGCUGGACAGGCGGAACUGUCACGCUGGUUUAUUUUCUCUUUUUUUUUAAAUGACUAAUUCCUCAAAUGUUGCCCCGAGUUUAGAAUAAAGUUUACUUUUGAGUGUUGUUAA